AUAAAUAUUCUGAAGGGAGACAGGUUAGAAAUGCUGUGCAGAAAAUGGGGUUCGUGCAGAAAAUGGGGUUCCUGCAAGAGCUGGAGAACAUUUGCCAUGGGCCUCUGGAAGGGGAAAAAAAGAGUUCUAAAAAUGAAAGUGAGGUUGCCAGAAUUUCCCUAGUCACCUGAGAGUGAGGUUAGGGAGCACUGACACUUUAGACACUGUUCAGCUUUCUGCCGCUGGAAAAAUACAAAAGUCAAGCAGGUGCACGUUAUUCCCAGAAUGUGUGUGGAGCACUGGGCUGGAUUUGUUUUCUUUGCAUGCAUAAUGAAAUUAUUGACAGUGAAGUCUGUAAAACACUACUGCGGUUCAUGGAGAAUGAAGUCGGUUCAUGGAGAAUGAAGUCGGCCCUUCAAAAGGUAGCAGACAGGAGGGAGGAAGGUUUGCCCCCAGUUUCCAAGUCCUAAACAGUCCCAGGCGAGCCCUAGAUCCAAAAGGUUCUACUUGGCCCGAAGAUGGGCAGUUUUUGAAGGCCCUCCCUACGGUGUUCUGCAGCACUUUCACAACAUUCACAAAAGCCAGCCUGCAAGUAAUUAAUAAAGUAAAUUGUUUUCAAUUCCACCUUCUGGAGUCCUGGCAAGUCCCCGUGCAAAUAGGAUUACUUUACAUCAGCAAGGACUCCUUGUAUGACCAUAUUAGAUAAAAUUAGACUCCACCUCCUGUUUUCUGUUUAUCUGCCAGGACCUUUGUAAUUCAAGUGCUCUUUACAGUAGUAGCAAAUGUUACAUAAGCCCAAACAUGGAGCGUCCUGGGAGGCGGUGGGCAGACGCGAGGGGGGAUGCCGGCCUCUAGCAGCCAGCGUGCGGGCAGACCCGGCCGGCUGAGGUGAAUGGAAGUCUACCAGGAGCCCUCCCGGAGCAGCCCCCGCUUCGCCCGGGUGGCGGGCACAGCGCGCUGCCCAAGUUUUCCCGUGCCGUUGUCAGAGGCGAGACUUGGCCCGGAGCCCGGCUCUGCAUGGAGCCUGCUGCCGAAGGUUGGUGCAGAAAGAAGACACGGCUCCUCCAACAAGCCCCCCCUGACAGCGCCGCCCUCUGCCCUGUACUCCUUCUUCUCCCUGACAAAAAGCAAAGGCGGCGGUGGCGGCCGAGUUGGCGGAGGCGUCGUCGGCCCAGCCUCGUCCACCUCCAAGCUGCUGAAACCUCCCAAAGACAGGCCGCAGCUCGGCGGGAGCGCAGGCGACCCCCCGCCCGGCAGGCCGGCCCCUGAAAAAAUCUUGACGCCUUCGGUCAAGGUGGAGAAGAUUCACCCAAAGAUGGACGGAGCACUACUGAAAACUGCUCUCGGGUCGGCUGGCUCUGCUACUGUGAGUUCCUCCAUCAAGACUGGCCUUAAUUGUCCCUCGAUACCAAAGCCACCCUUGCCUUCCCCUGGACACAUACUGAACGGUCAAGGUCUUUUUCCUGCCCCUCCAAUUUUGGAAAAGAAGUCAGAAGAUCAUUCCAAUAAUAGGAAAUUUCUACAUAAGAGAUUAUCAGAGAGAGAGUUUGAUCCUGACAUAUAUUGUGGUGUCAUUGAUGUGGAGACCAAGAAGCCGUGCACUAGGUCUUUGACAUGCAAGACACAUUCCUUAACCCAGCGGAGGGCCGUCCAGGGGCGCAGAAAACGCUUCGACGUGUUGUUGGCCGAGCACAAAAACAAAAGCAGGGAAAAGGAGCUGCUCCGCCACCCCGAGCAGCUGCCGCCGCCGCCGCAGACGCCACCUCUCAGGGAACCGCACGCCUCCCCUUCCAAAACGGCUCCAGAACCGCACCCCAGCUCUCACGGAGCGGCGCCUGCAGAGUCCAAGCCUUUCGUCCCCAAUAAGCCCAGACCUCACAACCCCAGUCUUCCAAGGCCUCCAGGCUUUCAGGCCCCGCCCGGCGGGAAUGCCCCCUCCGACUCUCCUGCCGCCAACGAGUCUCCACACCCUCCCCUGCCUUCCACUGAGCCAGCAUCUCGGGGAUCCAGCGACGAGGGAGAAGGUGAUGAAAAGGAGGAGUCUGUGGGAAAACUGGAUUGUCAUUACUCAGCUCAUCAUCCUCAGCCGGCAUCCUUUUGCACAUUUGGCAGUCGGCAGAUUGGAAGGGGCUAUUUCGUUUUUGAUAAGAGGUGGAACCAUAUCCGAUGUGCCCUUAACUUUAUGGUGGACAAGCAUCUUAAUUCCCAGAUGUGGAAGAAAAUCCCUCCAGCAUCGAGUAAUUCGGUAUCUGCGCGUGUUCCCCAGCGGACAAAUUCCAUGCCCCUGUCACCGUAUGGCAUAAGCCCCCCGGGCUCUGUUUCCUCCACAGUCUCGCCAUCACCAGUGUUGAUUGCGUCCUCCUGCCUCCCUCCGAAUGGCAAAUCUGUACCAGCCCACGGAACGACGCUCAACGCCCCCCUGGCCGCCCUGGGGGCCGUGGAGCCCGCGAGCGCCGCACAGGCCCGACAGGUGUGCUCUUCAGCCCCUUCAGCGCUGGCCCCCGUACCUUCCCCAGCGUCUGGGAAACCUCAGAAACUGAAAUCCAACAAGUCUUUGAAGCCUAAGGAGUCUCCUGCUAACAGCACUAACUGUAACAAUAUCGGCAGCAGUGGCAGCUCAGGAAAGAAACGCAAAAACAGUUCCCCACUGUUUGCACACUCUUCCUCCUCCUCUUCCUCUUCUUCCUCCUCUUCCUCCUCUUCUUCAUCUUCCUCCUCCUCUUCCUCCUCUUCUUCUCCUCAUUCCACAGACUCUUUUAGGAAAAACUGUGUGGUGAACUCUGCCAACUGUGGGGCUGCUUAUCCUUCCCCGGUCCCGCCGUCCCACGGCCUCGGCCCCAACUGUCUGACUAAGCAGGCCAACUCUGUGGGCGUCAGGCACCUCCCGGCAGGCCGGGGCCCCCCGGCGGGGAGCCCCUCAGAGUCCAUCAAGAGGAUGAGCGUUAUGGUGAACAGCAGCGAUUCCACCCUCUCCCUGGGCCCCUUCGUCCACCAGUCCAGUGAACUGAUGAUGGCUGCCAACUCACACGGCGGCUUCCCCCACUCCCACGCCCCCCUGGACAAGCUCCUGGGGAAGAGGAGAAAGGGCUCCCCCGGCGCCGUCCAUCCCGGCGCCCAAGCUGGCAAGGUGGCCAGGCUGCCAUCCAUGAACAGCGUCCACACCAAGCACCCCGCCCCGAUCCCGGGGACGCAGGCGCUAGCCAACAACUCUCUUCUCCAUCAGCCAAAGGCCCGUCCCUGACAGCCGGACUAAUUACCAUAGUGAGAAAACCUCCACCUGGCACUCUGGACUCCACGAUGCCUUUGAGUUUAUCCCAGCUUCCUGUGGUCCUCAGGUGUAGAGAUCUGCUGGACUCUUGGUCGUUUAAAAAAAGGAAUUCCCUGAAGCCAUGGCUGUAGCAGUGAACACCCCUGAUAGGCCCUGGAUCCGAGUUCAGCCACAGAAUUGCUUUUAUCAGUGUUAAAAGUGGUCUGGACUGCUUGCUACAAAUCUGUGCGAUUUUGACUUGCAGGAACACCUCAUAGUACCGCUCUUUGAUAGAUUGGCUGGGCAAAAAGAUGCUUGGGGCAGAACCUUCCCAUAGACUUCCUUCUCCAUCUCUUCCCCUGCCAGCCCCCGGGGGCAUCCCCAAGCAGUUAGACACCCCUUCUCUGGCUAGCACCCGGGACGGGCAGGGAGUGACCCUCCACUAGGGAAUGUGGCGCUGUUGUUCAGGCCCCAGAAAACGGACUCCAGCCCGACUCGGCAGAACAGGCCCUCCUUUUUGCCCAGCCUUUUGCAAGUAAUUUGGGAUAAGGAACCGUCAGGAGUUCCUAAUUUUUAAAAAGGCAGUUGUUUUAAGCCAUCAAUGCCCAGAAAGCAAGUAUAAACUAUUUUGGAGGAAUACUUUUCAUGGUACACAAGCAAUUCUAUGUGCUUUUUGAAUAAGAGUUAACUGAAAAGGAAUAUAAAAAUGCUAACUAGUUUUGAUAGAGGAAAGCCAAAUGAAAAAAAAAAAAUCACUGUAGGGGAAAAACCCUAUGCCGAGAUUUCCAAAGAAAUGUAAUUUCUUUUCCAAGGGUAUUCCAUAGAGUCUUCACAUUGAAACAGCAUAUCAAAGUAGGUUGAUUAUACCUUCUAGCCUCGUUCUAUUUUCUAAAAAUUGCCUUUUUAAGAUGAAAUUAAUAGGAUACCACAGAAAUGAGCAUUCAUAUUUUUUAAUGUUUUUGGAGGUGAGUUGUGUUAUCCUCAACCUCCUGAAUACUGUAAUAGAAAUCAGUUUUAAACAUCAGCUUGACCUGACCCUGUUUGGUCCAUCCCCUUUAUGUCACUACAGAUAAUUAUUUGGUUGGGUUUUUUUUUUUCUAUUUUUUUGUGGAGGGGGUUUGGGGGGGGGGUGCAGCAUGGAAUGGGAAAUUUCCCAUGCUGCACUUAAGAGUGUUUCUUUUCAUUCACAUUCAUUUCUCAAGGAUCUGUGCUUUCUUUCACCUUCCCGAGAAAGUGUUCUGAUCCGGGACAUUUUCCACCCUAAUUCCCCAUCCCUCCCCCAGUGAAACCUUUAAAGGGCUCAAUGUUGUCAGAAUGUAAUUGCUGGACAAGUCACUGGUCACUUACACUGGGCGGGUUUACCUGUGUCUCUCAGAGGGCCGAUCUCCCCUGCUACUCAGAGACCUCCCUUUUGCAUCUGGCAUUCCCCCCCACCCCCCCACCCCUUUUGUCAUAAACUACCAUUUCAGGGAACCUGAAGCCAACUGAUGAUAGCGCAAAAGCUUGGGUCAUUGGUCUUAGAGAAUUAAACUGCUCCAGACUCCUUUGACACAGACCUGAGCAGGUGUUAGGGAAUAACAAAGAUCCUUUAUGCAGACACUUUAGAGAGAAAUGUAUGGAAAAUAGUCAUUUUCUUGAAAGGGGUGGGAUCUUUUUCAUUGAUUAUGCAAUCAGUCACCAAAUGUUUUUAGGACAAACUAGGAAGGCUAAUAAAGAGUGCAGACAUGUGGAAGGGCUAUUUUCUUAUUUUAUUUGGAAAAACCAAUAGGAUGCUUAGAUGACCUCCACGGUUCCUUCCAGCUCUAAAUCUAUGAUUUUGUGACCUCCCAACAGUGAGCCAUAGGUGGGGAAGAGGGGCAGUGUCCAAACGUCCCUUUGUUGGCUCCAAGCACCCUCCGUGCUGGGGGUAACGAGGGCAUUUGUGGUUUGGGUCGAUUCCGUUUCCGAGCUAAGAACGGAGCGUGCAUGAUGGCAAUAAAGAGUCAGUUUUAAGUGAUAGAAUUUGUCCAAGAUUAUGUUACUCCAGAAAAAGAACUAAAAAGGCUACGUGAUGGCGUCAGAGCUGAUUCCGAAUAAUGUAGAUAUUUAGAAUAGCAAGUGUUGAUCAUUUGGAUUUCUUUUCGAUUGGGGUUUUUAAUUCCAUUUUCAUUAUGUCUCCUGGUAGUACCUACGUAAAGCGACCGGAUUAGGAAAUUAGCCAUUUUGAAACCUGCCUGCCACAAACCAACCUACUCACACAGUGCUUUGGCAUUGGAGACCGGUGGGUUGUUUUUUUCUUGGGACUUUUAUUUUCUCCUACAAUUAUUUUAGUACUUAUAAAUAAUUAAGGUGAUUUAAAAUAGUAGCACAAGUACUUUUUGGAUUAAAUUAACUUGCAAAACCAAAUUUGCAGUGGUGGGGUUGUUUCUAGACAGAUUUUGGUAUUAAUUUAAAACCAAGACAAUUUUUAUAUUCUUUCCAUAGAAUUUCAUGACAACUCCUGCAGUUUUCUUAACUAACCUAUUUAAAAAAAAAAUUGCUGCAAUGAUGAACAAAGAAUUAUACAAAACCUACUUUUGUAUCUUUAUUUUGGAAUUUCUUGUUCUAUUAUAAAUAUUGAAGUAUCCCUAUUUCAGAAAACAUAUUUUGUUAAAAUUGAUUGUACAUAUUUAAAUAUGUAUUUUUGCACAGGUCUUUUUUUCUUAUAUCCAGUUUUGGUACAAUUGAGAUCAUCUAGUAUUUAUUUAUUAAUUAAUAAAAAAAAAAGUAAGUACCUUUUUAUAAUUUGAAGUGGUUCACUGCCAAGCCAAUAGUCCUAGAACUUGCCUACUUUACAAUUUAAGGGAUGCCUCUGUUUCGUGAAAGUCUAUGUCCCUUUUAAUGUCUUGGGAGUGGAUUCAUAGAGAUUAACUGGGCAUUGCUUCUGUUAAAUUGCCUAAUUCCCCGGAAGACUACAUUUAGUUAAGUGACACACUGCUUCUCCUUUGUUCAUGUUUUGCAGAUGCCUGUCAGUGCAGAUGUCUGUGUGUGCCCUUGUGAGUGAGUGCGUGUGUAUGUGUGUAUGCGUGUGUGCAAGUGUGUGCGCACUUGCAUGUGCAAGCCACUAGUAUGUUGUGGUUUAAAACUAAUGGAAAAAAAACUGAAAAGUGCCUGAUAACUAGUUUCAAGCUUGGACUGUGUAGACAGAUUCUCCUUUAAAAGACUUGAAUGUUAAGUUGAAUAUAUUUUUAUUUUAUUAUUAUUAUUAUUAUUUUAUUAUUUUUUUUUUUUGGAGCUUGCUUUUUCCACCUAAUGUCAUUUCUAAAAAUUGAGGGGAGGAGUAAAAAAAAAAAAAAUUACCCAAGCUGGUAAUUGGAUAAAGUAUUUUAAAAUAAGACUUUUUGGUUUGAAACAAUCCUGGUGGGUGAUAAAUUUUCCCACGAUGCCAAGAGUUGUAAUCUUUUUUCAGCCAGCAGUUUUACAAGACGUGUAUCAUUUUGUUAAUUUACUCAUAAAAUGCAGAGUUUAAAAUAGAAUAUGUAAAAAAUUUUGUACUCCAAAAAUCUAACAAAAAGAAGUACCUCUUAGAAUAUUGAAGGAAAAAAAAACAAAAAAGCAUGAUCUGGGAAAUGUAACUGAAGGCCACUGUCUUCCUCUAAGAGUUCUCUUGCCAAGGAGCGUCCCUACUGUCUCUCCUGCCCCGGGGAAAGAAUUGGGCUACAGAUGAUUGUUGAAGGUUUGCUAUUUAGCAGAGAAUAAUCAUUUUUACCUUUUGUGCAAAACACGUUACAUUUUCAGAUCAUUUAAAAUGAGCACUACGCGCUGUCGAUGUGAAUGUAGGGCCUGGAAAGCAUCUUGCUCUGUUUUGAGCCUGGUUCUAAAAGCAAUCUCCGGUGUCAAGUGUGUGACUAGUGUGAUAAUUUGUACACAAGAUGAAGAGCAUCUCAGCUGGACUUUGGGUUGGCUGCUGUAUAGUACAUGAACAAAUGUCAUGGGAUAGAAAAUUACUUUGGAUAUUUAAAAAAAAAGAAAUAUAUAGUCUAUUUGUUUUGUAACAAGUUUCUGUAAAUAAAAUAAUUUAUACUAUUUAUAAGAAAAAGUUGUGCUUUGCUUUAUGAAAAAUUAGUUUGUGGAACAAACCUGUUACUAAACCAGGCAAUAAAAAUGAGGACUUCUCAAUAAACGAAGGUUGGUUACAUGAAA